AUGUUACGAGGUCUAUCACAUAGUGCCAAGGCACUCGUUUUCUUCACGGCGUUCAUGGGGGCAUUCGUAGCUGGAUUGGACGCUGGUCUGGUUUAUAACUCAUGGCCUAAAUUCGCGGAGAGCUGGAUCCCAGAAAACAUGCUCACGCGUUCGCCGUUAUGGAAGAACUUUUUCGAGAAUGACGUCACCACACAAUUUAUCCAUAGAAAUUUGGGGUACUUGACUUUGUUGACAGUCACGGCUACGUGGUUGGUCGGAUGUCGAAUGGGUUUGCACCGUCGCGCUAAAGAUUGCCCUUCAUGCCAUGAUGGCUAUGGGCUACGGCCAGGUUGCACUUGGCAAUCUACACCGUUGUUGUACUAUGUGCCUGUUUGGUUGGCCUCGCUUCAUCAGUGUGGUUCUUGA